AUCCCAGCCGGCCUUUCUGCUGCCUUCCUGUGUCGUCCUCCCACGCUGCCAAUCUCUUGCCAAUCAACGCACUUGUUGACCACCCUCUCGUUCCCGCCAUGUCCGCCGAAAUCGAUCACGCUGCUUCAAUUGCUGCCGCUGCCGAACAGCCCACUCUUGACCACUCCCAGGCUCCUGCUGCUGCCGAGCCCGCGGCGGUGUCCACCGAAUCUGCCGCGACUGAGGCUGCAAGCGAGAGCCAUGACGCUUCCGCUGCAGGCAAGCGCGUCCUCGCCGAGGUUGCUGAGGUGUCGGUUGAUUCGCCCAAGCGCAGACGAGGCCAUUCGGCCAAGUCCGACGGGGACGAGACAACCGCAAACGGCUCGUCUCUUCCCAAGUCGACAAAGUCGCCUCGCUCCAAGGCCCCCAAGACCCCGAGCCGUGCGCCAUCUCGCCGAAGUGAGCGCCUCUUGCGUUCGGCCUCCAAGAACAACCUCGAAAACGGCCAUGGUGCCGAAGCAUAUGAGCAUGUUGCCGAAUCCCACGAAUCGUCCAAGAUGACCGUCGAUGAUGCCGCCCCUGUCGCUACCGAGGCCCCACUCGCUGCCUCUGCUGCUGUUGCCGACUCUUCCGCUCCAGCCAGCGAGGCACCUUCUGCCGAUGCUGUCGCCGCCGAGGUCGUUCCUGCCGAGGCUGCCUCCGUUACAGCUAAGCCCGCUGCCGAGCCCGCUGUCGAGUCCGCUGUCAAGCCUGUUGUCGAGCCUGCUAUUGUCGAGCCUGCUGCCGAGCCUGCUGUCGAGCCUGCUAUUGUCGAGUCGGUUGUCGAGUCUGUUGCCGAGGCUCCCACUGCCAAUGUUCCCACCGACAAGCCCGAAGGCGCCUCGGCCUAAGUCUACCAUUUUGAAUCUCUCCGGAUGAUCUUGAAUGACUUUCGCUGGACCGCGACUUUACAAAGUCACCACCGCAUCCCCG